CAGCCUGCACACUCUUUAAGGAGUGUCUCUAGACGAGAAGAAUCUGGAGUACAAGGAAGGAGAAACUCUCAGGACUCAGAGAAAGGUGCACCAGAGCCACUGACACACACUGACAACAGGCAUGACUGCAUUGCUGGGAGCUUACUCCUGGUCAGAGGGCUUGGACUGCUCUACCAUGGACGGAGACCUCUCAGAUGGACUUUCACCCCACAGGUCCCCCCGGGAUAAAGGCUCAGAGACCCGCAUCAGGAGACCAAUGAAUGCUUUUAUGGUUUGGGCAAAGGACGAGAGGAAGAGACUGGCCGUGCAGAACCCAGACCUUCACAAUGCGGAGCUCAGCAAGAUGCUGGGAAAAUCCUGGAAAGCGCUGUCCCCGUCCCAGAAGAGGCCCUAUGUGGAAGAGGCCGAGAGGCUGAGGGUGCAGCACAUGCAGGACUACCCGAACUACAAGUACAGGCCCAGGAGGAAGAAGCAGAUCAAGAGGAUCUGUAAGAGGGUGGACACCGGCUUCCUGCUCAGUGGCCUCUCCAGAGACCAGAACUCUGUGCCAGAGAACAGGGUCUGCAGACCAGCAGGAGACAAGGAGGAGGGUGCCGGCUAUUCCUCUGGGGCAACUCUGCAGGACAUCAGAGGCUACAGAGAGUCUCAGGGUAAUGGCAGUAAGCAUGAACAGGCCUACCCUUAUGGCCUCCCAACCCCGCCAGAGAUGUCUCCUCUGGAGGUCAUCGACCAAGAGCAGAGUUUUUACCCGCCUUCCUGUUCUGAAGACCACCAUCCCCACCUCAACUACUCCCCUGAAUAUGCCAGGAGCCCCAUCCUCUGCAGCCACCUCAGCCAGAUGCCCAUAGCCCAUCCUGGAGCCCCAAUGAUCCCUCCACCUGUGCCAAACUGUCCACCUGGCUACUUCAGCUCUAGCUACCACUCCAUGCACCACCACAACUAUCACGGCCAUGGCCACCUGGGCCAGCUGUCACCCCCACCCGACCACCCACACUAUGAAAGCAUUGAGCACAUCAGCCAGGCGGAACUCCUGGCGGACAUGGACAGGAAUGAGUUCGACCAGUACUUAAACACCUCCAUAGGGGAGCCCAGUGAGGUCACAAUCAAUGGACAUAUCCAGGUGUCACACUCAGGAGACCUGCAGCCCCCAGAGACCAGCCUCAUCUCUGUGCUAGCAGAUGCCACUGCGACAUAUUACAACAGCUAUAGCGUUUCCUAGGCUCCUCUGCUAGCUGGAUGUGGACAGCCCAGGCAGUAUUACUGGCAUCUACUGUAGACUUAAGCUAUGGACACUCACUGUAUCUCCUCAGGGUUGUGAGAUCCCUCAACCACUCUAAGUGCCCCCCCCCCUGCUACUCUCAGAGAGGGGGCAGGUAGGCAGGUGGGCCCAAAGUGUUUGUGCAACACACUAGUGAAGGGACACACUGUACAUAUGAGAGAAUUCUUCGCAUUUAUUCGUACAGAACAGUAAAAUGCUAUGCAGCAUCUAGGUCUGAGGUUCUGACUGGUCAUCAUAUCUGAUGAGUAAAAUCUGAGUUCACUUCAAUGUUUGUUUGUGGGUAUAUAUAAUUAUUAUACAAGCUGUAGGAGAAGGAAAAAGAGAGGAUGGUAAUUAAGGAGGAAAAAAAAAAAACCCACAAAAAACAUCCCCAAGUUUUGUUUGCUCCUUAAAGGAAAAUAAAUAUACUGUAUGGUUUUUUUUUCUCCAAUUCAAGAAAACAAUUAAUUGUGAUAUACUAUAAUUGAGCUCUCGUUGUAUCUUUGUAUUAUUAUUUUUUUGUUUUCAUCUUCUGUUAAUAAAGAAUGAAUUAUGUAGCGUAAUGAACCUAUGGUUGCUAUUUGGUAACUAAUAGUAAGAGGAUGUGACGUCGGUUUGAGAUCCAGGGAAUGUGUGGGAACUAUUAGUAAUAAACAAACAUCUUCCGUAUAUUUUACCUUUAUUUGUAUUUCGAAUGAUGUACAUAUGAGUUUUACAUAAAUAUUUAAUUUAAUUUAGAAUGCUUUUUUUUUUGUUUUGUAUAAUAAAAUACACGGAGAAUUUUCAUAA